AUGGAUGAUACCGAUAUUCGGCAACAAAAGCUGGACAACCAGCGAAAGCUUUUGGUCAAGAAGCAACAACGGAGAAGAGCUGACACCCAGAUGGUUACUGCCAGUCGUGAAGCUCGGCCUAAGAACCGCAGACAGAAACCUGGCCCUGAAGACAAAGCCUUGUUAAUAAGCCAGUCGCAAAGCAACACUUCCCUAAACGAUAGUCAAGCUGAACAGCUUCAAGACAACGUGAUAGAGGAGAUCAGUCUCGGUGAGCUCAAUAUUGCGGCCAAUGCAAACAGGGGAUCAGAAGAGAUGCCUCCAGCUGUUCCCAUCAUCACUGAAAUAACGGAUUUGGAAACUGAAAAGCAGUUCAGCUCCCAGAGUGUGCUUGAUGCCGAAAGUCAAGGAGAGGAAAAGAAAACGAAGAAGAAGGCAGUGAAAAAGGGGCAGGAUAAAUCCCUGGAAGCAACUGAUGGAGGAGAGGGAGAGGAGAAACAGAAGAAAGAGAAAAAAGGAAAGAAAAAAGAAAAAAGGAAUGAAACAAAGGAGAAUAUAGACUCAAUCAUGGAAUUUAAAAUAUCUGAAGAAGAAAAAAAAGCUGAAUCAGACAGUGAGACUGAAAACAAAGACUGGUCAAAGAGCCCUGUUCCGCCUACACCAAAGAAGAAACCACCCGCAGGUCCAUGUCAGUUCUGCAUCAAGGAGGAGGAGGAAGAGGUGGAGGAAGAAAAGAAGAGGACAAAAACGUCAAAACGUUCUAAAAAAGCAGAGAAGAAUAAUGAGAGCCAUGGUCAUCUCAAUUCCAACUAUAGACAUUCCUCCCCCGAAAGUGACUCCAUUGGAAGGGCCUCUCCCGUUUCCUUGGAGGAUCUGGAGCAGUUUGCUUUGCGCCCAGCACCAAGGGAUGUGACCUUUCAGUGUAGGAUCACAAGAGACAGAAGAGGAGUGGAAAGGGGACUUUUUCCUACAUACUAUCUGCACAUGGAAAAGGAAGAUGGAAAGAGGGUGUUUUUGAUGGCUGGCAGGAAAAGGAAGAAGUGCAAAACCUCAAACUAUCUUAUCUCUGUUGAUCCCACUGACCUGUCCAGAGAUGCGUCGAGUUACAUAGGCAAAUUAAGGUCAAACGUGCUGGGAACUAAAUUUACAGUGUAUGACGGAGGCGUGAACCCGGAGAAGAAGCCAUUCAUCAAGGAGUCUGAAUCUCUUCGUCAGGAACUUGCUGCAAUAUGUUAUGAAAAAAACGUGCUUGGAUUUAAAGGUCCAAGGAAGAUGACAGUGAUCAUCCCUGGCAUGAGGGAGAAUGAUGAAAGAGUCAGUAUUCAGCCAAAAUCUGAGCUGGAGACUCUGCUGACACGGCUUGAGAACGGUAAUACGGAUAAUUUGGUCUGCCUUGCGAAUAAGUCGCCCAGCUGGAAUGAACAAACUCAGUCUUAUGUGCUAAAUUUCCAUGGCCGAGUCACACAGGCCUCCGUCAAGAACUUCCAAAUCGUCCAUCCAGACAACGAGGAUUACAUUGUAAUGCAGUUUGGCCGCGUAGCAGAGGAUGUCUUCUCCAUGGACUACAGUUUUCCCAUGUGUGCUCUUCAGGCUUUCGCUAUCACUCUGUCCUCGUUUGAUGGAAAGUUGGCCUGUGAGUGA